AUGGCCCAGCUCCAGGAGAACAUCAAUGGCAUCGUUGCUGCCUUCUACAUGUGCACCAGAGGCGACGGCAACUGCAGCCCCCUGAGCAGGGAGGAGCUGAGGCAGCUCAUCGAGCAGGAGUUUGGGGACGUGAUGGAGAACCCCCAGGACCCCAAAUCUGUCAAGAAGGUGCUGUGCUUCCUGGAUGACAACAGCAACUGCAGGGUCGACUUCAGCGAGCUGCUCAGCCUGGUCUUCCAGGUGGCCAAGGCUUGUUACAAGCCACUCCAGCAGCACCAGGAGCUGGAAGAGGGUCAAGAGCUGAGAGCACAAGAGAAGGCAGAUGGGGACCUGCUGCUGGGGCUGCAUGAAGGGGAGAAGGUCUCUCACAACCAGCAUGCCCCUGAGCAGGGUGUGAACAAUCAGGUCCAGGACACAGAGACACAGGACACAGACAACCAUCAAACCCAGGAGGGUGAAACACCAGCCCAGGACCAGGACAAUCGUCAGGAUGAGGGAACUGAGGCACCAGAAGGGGAUCCAGAAAGAGCUGAGAUCCUGGACACUGCAAGCCCAGAGCAAUACAGAAAUAAGGCUGAAGAGAUUGAGACAUCAGAACAGGACCCAAAAACCCACCAGGCUGAAGAAACUGAGGCACCAGGACAGGGUUCAGACUACCCCCAGAGCCCAGAGAUGGAGUCAGUAGAGCAGGACCUGACUUGUGCCUCUGAGACAGAAGGAAGAGACCCAAACAAGACCCAGGUCUGUGAGGCCCCUUGGCAAGACCCAAACCCUGAUGAGACCCAGAACCUGCUGCCCCCACAGCAGGGUGUGAGCCCUCGUUGGGAUCCCGAGCCCUGGGGAAUGCAGCAAGACCAAACUUUCCACCAGCUCCCUGGAUCCAAGGAGCAGGAGCUUAGCAGGGCACAGGCUCCAUCUUGUCCAGCACAGCAACAAGACGCUCGUCAGCAAAUCCAGCCUGCUCUAGAGCAACAGCUCCAGCAGUCUCUGUAUCAGUGGCCACCACAAUGA